GACCGGUGUGGAGCGCGGCAGUCGGCGGCCGGCCGUGCGCGUGGUGGGGGUGAGUCUAGUCGUGCCGAACUCUGAUCCACAACCACGUGUGUCUUUCGCCCGCGGACUGUGGCGUAUGAUCCCUGCGGCUGCGGUACUGCGGUACGAACGGCUGUGAGAGCGGGUCACGGCGCGGGCCGUGUUCGGCAGUUUGACAGCUGGUGCGCCGGACUGGGACCGUCACAUUGCCAGUGUGCCCGCCGGUGGUCGGACUGACCGAAAACCCUGUGGGAGGACUGAUGGGGCGGCGGGCGGCGGCCCUGUCAGGGAGCUGCCUGUGGAUCCUGAUCGUACUGCUGCUGGCGGCGGACCACGCUCGAGGUGGCGAUGCUCGGAGGCGGCGGCGAAGGAAUGAAAACAUCCCGAGCUUCGAGCAGAAGCUCUACACCAUCCGAAGCGUCACCGGUGACACGAAGAACAACACCUUCCUGAUCCGGGUGGCAGCACCCGGCGCGAACAACGUCCGCUUCAGUCUGGACAACCCGCGCCUGUUCCGUAUCGACAGCAACGGCAACAUCUUCAGCAACGCCAACGGCCACCGGCUGGUGGCCAGCGGCGGGCUCAACUUCACCGUGUUCGCCGUCAACCCUGACCACUCCCAUCGUGUAGCCUCUGCCACGGUGGUUGUGGCCGGCAACCAGCCUCCCCAGUUCUCCGACCAGCGCUACCAGGCCAACGUCUACGAAAACGCCGGCACCGGGUCGCUGGUGAGCGCCGUGGUGGCCCAGGAUCCCGACACGGAUCCCAUCAGCUACUUCAUCCGCGCCCCUGGCAGCACGCAGGACGCAGAAGUCUACAAAAUGUUCAGCAUCAACCGUCAGACGGGCGUGAUCCGUCUGGUGGGGCCGGCCAGCCCGCUGGCGCAGCACUCGGAGGAGAACUUCACGUUCACAGUGGUGGCCCGCGAUACGCACAAUCUCAACGACACCGCUACCGUGCACGUGCACGUCAUAGAUGUGAACAACAACCGGCCUGUGUUUCCACUGUGCGCCCAGUACCGUCCCGAAGUCGAGGAGAACAAGGGAGUUGGCACUGCCGUUCUCAGGCUGGAGGCCACGGACGCGGACAAGGGCCAGAACGCCGAGCUGGUCUACUCGCUGGUCAACAGUCCCAGCUCGCCAGAGUCGUUUUUCGCCAUCGACCCCGUCUCCGGACAGCUGACAACGGUCAAGGUGUUCAACCGCGACGAGCCGGACCAUGAAAAGGAGCUGCGUGUCAUUGUCAAGGCCAACGACAAGGGCGUGCCCUCGCUGGAGGGAACCUGCGCCUUCGUCGUCAACGUGCUCGAUGUCAACGACAACGCUCCCAUGUUCGACAAAUCGAACUACCAGGAGACUAUAGCCAAGGACACGGACCCGGAGUCGGUGGUGCUGCGCAUCUCGGCCACGGACGCGGACAGUGACGCCAACGGAGCCAUCGAGUACUUUCUCAACGCCAGCCACCCGACGGACGCCAGCUACUUCAGCAUCGAGCCACGCACCGGCGUCAUCACUCUGGCCCAGCCGCUCACCCAGAUCGCGAUUGACUACGAGUUCCAGCUGCGGGCGAUCGCUCGGGACAGGGGCACCGUGCCGCGGUCAGCGUCAGCGCCCGUCAUCAUCACCGUCAAGGACUCGAACACGCGUCCCCCGACGUUUACCGUGCUGCCUAACGACACCUACUACCUGCCGGAGAACUACCGAGACACCGAGACGCCGAUCGCCCGACUCCGCGCAGUGUCCAGCUCACCCACCAACCCCAACGUCUACUACGACAUCGUGCAUGGCUCCCAGGAGCAGGCCAACAAGUUCCGGACGUUCGUCAUCGAUGACGACGGCGCCGGCGGGGCCAUCAUCAAGUACGGCGGCAGCCGUCCGCUCGACUACGAGAAGAUCAAAGAGUACACGCUGACCGUGCGCGCAAUGACGGAGCAGCAGACGGGCGCCGAGGUGACGUUCCGGGUGGCGCUGGAGGACCGUAACGACGAGGUACCCAUUUUCUACGACACGGACCGGGUGACGGUGACGGAGAACUCGCCGCCGGGCACCUACGUCACCGUCACCACGGCCGUCGACGCCGACGGAACGCCGCCCAACAACAAGGUGUUCUACAGCUUCGCUCCGGGCUCGGAGGAGGACCGCAUGUUCAGCAUCGACUCCAUCACCGGCAAGAUCUCGACUCGGAUCCGGUUCGACCGCGAGGACCGCUCCCGGGACUCACCGUUCUACACCAUCGUGGUCAUCGCCAAGGAUGGAGCGCCCUCGGACAUCCGGCAGACCUCCGAGCCCAACCAGGCCAAACAGCGGGUGACGAUCGAAAUCGGCGACGAGAACGACAACGGCCCGUACUUCGACACCAAUGGCAUCUACCGCGCCUCGGUCGACGAGAACGCCGAUGUCGGCGCCAAAGUGAUUGACGUCACCGCCAAGGAUAUCGACGACGACUCGCGAAUCAAAUACCAGAUCACCGCCGGCAAUUAUGGGGCCGUGUUCGACAUUGACCCAGACACCGGCACCGUCAAGGUCAAAAACAAACUCGACUACGAGAACGUGAGAAACUACUCCAUCACCGUGACGGCGUCUGACGGCAAGUUCGAGGCCACCCAGACGGUGCUGAUCGAGGUAAUGAACGUUAACGAUGUGGCGCCCGUGUUCGAUCAGCCCGGCUACGAGCUGCAGCUGCGCGAGGGCUACAUCUCGCCAGAGCCCAUUAUCAAGGUGACGGCGAUCGACCCCGACCCGGUGGGCAGAGCGGCCAUCGUCUACAAGCUCUCUGGGCCGGGAAUUUACCCGAACCGGCCGGAGGAUGACGUGUUCAGUAUCAACAGUCGCGGCGAGGUGGUCGUCCUCAAGGCCCUGGACCGGGACGAGGGCACCGGUGGCCGGGAGGUCUGGGACCUCUCCGUUCUCGCCUGGGAUGAUGACGGAAACGGCCUGGGCUCGUCGGUACCGUUUAAACUGACGCUCACCGAUAUCAACGACAAUGCGCCUUACCUGAUCCAGAGUAACUCUACCCCGCCGGUAAUCAUGGAGAACAAAUCGCCCGAGGGCGUGGUCAUCCCGGUGGAGGCGGAGGACUUUGACGACCAGACUCGGAACGGGCCGCCCUACUCGUUCCUCCUGGAUCCGGCGGCUCCGGCCGAGCUGCGGCGCCAGUUCUCCGUCACCACUGUCGCGAACCGUGCCGAGAUCCGCCCUCUGGUGAAGUUUGACCGCGAGAAGCAGAAGCAGUACGCCAUCCCCGUGGUGGUGAGCGACAACGAGCUGGCCGACCCGCGCGCCCUGACCGGCACCAGCCUCUUCACGGUUAUCAUCGGCGACGAGAACGACAAUGACAUGAGGCCCGGCUCGAGCGCCAUCCAGGUCUUCAACUUCGAGGGUAAGAUGCCCGACACGGUGGUGGGCCGGGUGUACGUGGAUGACCCGGACGACUGGGAUCUGCCCGACAAGACCUUCUCGUGGCUGGCUGGCCAGGAGUACCGCCACUUUGAGCUGGACAGAGACACGGGAAACAUCACCAUGCGCUACGGCACGCCCAACGGCAGCUACCCGCUCCAGUUCCAGGUGUACGACAAGAAGUUCCAGUCGACCGUGACGGCGGAUGUGACUGUGACGGUACGACUGCUGCCGCGGGAGGCCGUUACGCAGUCGGGAUCGCUGCGCUUCGCCGGCGUCUCUGCUGAGAGGUUCAUCACAGACCCGGACAAAAAUACGCCGUCCAUGUACCGGCGUCUGAUUGCCGAGCUGGCCCGCCUGUUCAGCACCGCCCCAGAGAACGUCGACCUGUUCGGGGUACAGGACAACGGGGCGGGUGGCGUGGACGUGCGGUACGCCGCCCACGGCUCGCCCUACUACCGCGCAGAGAGGAUGGACGGCAUCGUGUCGCAGAACAAAAAACAGCUCGAGGAGAUGCUGAAGGUGGAGAUCGACCAGGUCGGCAUCGACGACUGCCUCUUCGAGUCCACCUGCCGGGGCAGCUGCCAUUCACACCUCAAGAUCUUCGACAACGAGGUGUACCGCGUGCAGACCAACACCUCCAGUAUCAUCGGAGUCCGGACCCAACUGCAGUACACCUGUGGUCAGUGCGAGCCACCGAUGCCACGGGAGGUCUGCCUCAACGACGGCAGAUGGGACGAAACUCAAAACAAGUGUGAGUGUCCAGAGGGCUACCCCGGCCCCAACUGCGAGGGGCUCACCAUUCACUUUGAGGGAACCGGAUACGCCUGGUUCCCGCGGCUGACGGCCUGCAACGCCUCCCACCUGGGCUUUGACCUCACCACCAGCACCGACGAGGGUCUGAUCCUCUACAACGGACCGCUUCUGGAGCCCACCGGCAACGUGCACGAUUAUUUCGCCAUCGACCUUCACGAGGGUCGGCUGAGGGUGUUUCUCAAUUUCGGCGCCGCCACGGCCGUGGCCAGUCCCCAAACUGCUGUCAACGAUGGGAAGCGUCAUCACGUGGACAUCACAUGGGACACCCAGACUGUGACGGUCCUGGUGGACAGCUGUGUCGGAGUACCCGAGUGCCAGGCGGCGGCGGCCGUGCCCGGCAGCUCGCGGUUUCUGAACGUGGCGGCGCCGCUGCAGCUGGGGGGUUCGGCGGUGCCCCUGGACCGGGUGCAGUCGGCCGUCUCCUGGGAUCGACUGCCCGGCUGGGGCGGCUUCACCGGCUGUAUCCAGAACAUGACCUUCCUCGACCGGGUGUUCGACCUGAGCCACCCGUCCUACGGCAAGGACUACAGCAACUACUGUGUGGAGAACGUGAAGCCUCAGCCGGUGAUCGAGACGACGCCCAGUUUCCUCAUCGCCUUUCUCUGCUGCCUCGUCUGCCUGCUGCUCCUGGUGCUGGCCGUCAUCAUGUUCCGGCGACGCAACGUGCGAACGCUGUACAAGGAGCCGACGGACGAGAUGCGGGACACCAUCAUCAACUAUGACGACGAGGGCGGUGGCGAGAAGGACCAGACUGCCUACGACCUCAGUGUCCUGCAGGUCGCCAACGGGCCAAGCAAGAGCAAUGGUCAGGUGGGCAGGGCGCCUCCCGUCUCGGUACGAGAUUUUAUCGACGACAACCGACAGAAGAUUGACAGCGACGACAGCGUGUGGCCGCCGGACGAUGUGCGAAACUACGCGUACGAGGGCGGCGGCAGCUCGGCCGGCUCCCUGUCCUCUAUCAACUCAGGUACCGACGACAACGACCAAAACUACGACUACCUGAACGAGUUCGGUCCUCGGUUCCGGAAGCUGGCGGACAUGUACGGGGGAGGGGAGGAGGAGGAGGGAGAGGGGGAGCGGCCGCCGCGACCGCCGGCCGUGCGGCCCUCCUCGGUGGCCGGCGAGUCCUGGUGUUGACAGAGGCGCGGCGGGCCCGGCCCCUCAGAGACCGGGGCGCGGCCGGCGGCGUCUCCCGGCUGGGAGAGGGCUCGUGCGGAGCCGCAGGGAGCAGUGCUGCCACCUGUAAUAGUGUGUGCACCAGUGGCGAAGUCCUGUGGGGGAAGACGGGGACUGUCGUCAGCGUGUCGUCUGCCCCCGGAGGGAGCCGCAGGUCCGGUGGAAGUCUCUGAGAGAGUGGCUGUCCGGCGGAGCUGCCAGUGAGCGGGCCCUCCCCAGGACCCCCUCUGUGUCAGGUCAGCCCUCGGUGGGCGGCACCGUCCCGUGGAGGCCUAGUCAGCGGAGCGCAGUGGGUCCGCUCUGGAGACGGACGUGAAGAGAAACGCUCAGAUGGCGGACUGAGAUCGACAGCCAGCCGUCAAACCAAAGAUCGUGUGUGAGACACGGAUCUCCGAGCAGCGUCCGGUGGAGAGGGACGCGUCCUACUGGGGAAAUGUGCGGGGAGUGCUGGGUUUCCACGUGUGUUUAUGUGUAUGGGUGUGUGAAUGUUCGCUAAACGCUGAGUGUUCAUGUGUGUCGCUUUAUUGUCCAAAGUCAAGGAGUGUUUUAUGUUUGUGUGAUACAUGCGUAUAUGUGACGAAAACUGACGUUAUUUGUACGCAAGCAUAUCUCGUAUUGUGCGUAACAUGAACUCUGCGUUUUGUUUCCAUUUGUUCCUGACUGCUGCGGACCACGUCCCUGGCGACUGCCUAACAUUACUUAAGUAUCUUAUCUCGCUCAAUGCUGUGCGCCACCCGCCUGCACCCAUUGUCAUUCUCAUCAUCAUGACCGCACACCGCGUCACCAUAUCUGCCCGAUGUCACCCGUCGCCCGCCCUCUCCGCGUGCGGUCAGCACCCGUCAUCCAUGUAUUCUCCCUAGCGUUCGGUAGCACCAUGACCAGCCAGCACACCUGGUGCAGGUGGCGCUAGUGUGCCUGUGUGUAGGUGGCGCUGCCUCCGCGCCGGGCUGGUCUGGAUCUGAAGGCUGUGAGCACUGCUAACGCACCGAUGUAAUACAUAGCUUGGUGUUUGACAAUACAGUGGCUUAUUGUAUAA